GAGGCGGUUCGAGCAUCAAAAGCUGUUGAAUGGAAUCGACAACAAGAAGAACAUUUUAUAAAAGGCAAAAGAAAAACAGGCGAGUCUUCACAUCCAACCAAUCCAACAACAAGGCAAAUGCGAAAAUCGCAAAGUGUUCGAUAUUCAGAUCCAUCACUGCUUGAUGCACCCUCAUUGUACAAAUCUUCAACAGCAAGACAGAAAACUGUGAAAAAUCUUUUCAAAGGUGGUGCCAUCAAGGAAACCAUGGGACGUUUGAUCAGUAAGUUCUUCAUAUAUGAGAGUGUUCCGCCCAGCAAAGCAGACUCUCACCACUUCAAGAACAUGAUUGUUGGUGCACAACAAGCAGGUAUGGGUAUAGAACCACCGUCUCCUUAUGAAAUCAAACACAAGUAUUUGGAUAUGGAGUACAAAGACAUGGAAGCUUAUGUCAAUAUUCAAAGAGAAAAGUGGAAGACUUAUGGAUGCACGAUUAUGUUUGACGGAUGGACUGGGCCCACGAAAUUGAGCAUAAUUAAUUUCAUGGUAUAUUCAAAAGGUAGCACAAUCUUCCUCAAAUCCGUUGAUGCAUCAAAUAAUAUAAAGGACAACAAAUACAUAUAUGGUUUGUUGAAGGAUGUGAUCAAGGAAGUUGGCAAACAAAAUGUAGUCCAAAUAGUUACAGAUAAUGGGUCGGCAUUCGUGAAGGCGGGGAAGUUGUUAAUGAAUAAAUACAAUCUUUAUUGGACUCCAUGUGCAGCACAUUGCAUCGACUUAAUGUUCGAAGACAUCGGUAAAAGGACGAGUGUUGCAGAUCUGAUUACAAAGGCUCGAAAGUAA